CAGCUUCUGCUUCUUCUCAGUCUCACUCUUAGUUUCAACACAGUGUUGUGAAGUUGUCUUUCUCUUUCCUUCUUGACAUAAACAACAAAACACGUUUUCAGAUCUCAAACGUUAGGUUCAAGUUCCUUUGUUUUUCAUUGAAAAUUUUGGAAAUGGAGGAUGCGAUGGAUGGUAAUGCAUAUUUGGAUUAUGCUUCAAUUCGGAUUUUUCCAAAGCAAAACAGGUAUGAGGCAUUUGUCUGUAAGGGAAAACAAUCCGAGAAAGUGGAAGCUGGACAUUUGGAACAUUUGUUGCCACAUGUACCUGCAAUAAAUGAUUUGCAUGCUAAGGGAUUUGAUGCAAACUUUGAUCUUAAAUUACCUGAAAAUCUUCAUGGUGCUGAAUGGUUUUCAAAAGCUACUCUUAAAAGGUUCCUGCAUGUUGCUAGUUCACCAGAUUUGAUAGAUGUCAUCAAUAGUAUCAUGGAUGAGAUGUCUCAAUUGGAGGAUUCAAAGAAAUUCCAUGUUUCUUUAUAUGGAAAGGACCAUCACGAUCAUCUUGGAAGCGGCGAUAGAGAUGGUAACAGCAGCUCAUAUGGUGAAGCACCAACCUCCAAACCUCAACAUAACAUCAUGUCAUCCGAUGCUUCAAAGAAUGAAUUGUUACGAGCAAUGGAUCUAAGACUCACAGCUUUAAGCAACAAGUUAGGUGAAACUUUUAACAAGGCUAGUGGUGCUACCUGCUCCCUUAAAGACAUGACUUAUUUAGCAAAAUUCUCUCAACAUUUUGGUGCUGCUAAUAUAGAGCAUUCAUUGUGCAAGUUUAUAGAAUUAAACCAAAAGAGCCAGGAUGUUGGUUUCCUGAGCAAUGAAACAACCUUGCUCACAUGUGAUGUGACGGAAGAUGAUGCAAAGAGGGCCAUCAAAAACCUGCUGAAUUCCAUGCCAUUACAUUCAGAUUCACCUGUUAAAUAUGGUGUUUCACCAGCUCAAGUUGCUCAAGUUGAGAGACACAGUUCAACAGAAAGCGAGGAAUGUUCUAAUUCAAGUGAUGAUGAUCAAACAUCCGCUGAGAGAAGCCGUUCUCUUGUGAGAUCUGCAACUCCCAAAAGAUCAGCAUCCCCAAUGCGAAGGAUACAAAUAGGAAGAGCUGGACCCCGCAGAGCUGCUGCAUUAACUAUCAAGAGUCUAAAUUUUUUUCCUGGGAGAGAUAGGCCAAUAUCUUAUAGAGAUACUGCUGAAAAUGACUGUGAAGGGGAAGUAUCUGAACAACCCUAUAAAAAGACUGAGAUUGAUGUAAGGAGGAUAACUGUGCAAGAUGCCAUCAGUCUUUUUGAAAGCAAACAGCGGGAUCAAACUGCAGAUAUUCAAAAGAGGAAGUCAUUAGCAGAUGUUUCUGUUAGUACAAAUAAAUCUGUCUUGAGAAGAUGGAGUUCUGGUAUGGGGCAAACCUCUGUUCAAGACCAACCAGAACUUGUUCAGGAAGAUCCUGUUCCAGUGACUUCCAAUGAUGUGGUACAUGUUGAGAUUCCUAAGAAUUCAGAAGUAGGAGUGGUGUCUGAUUUUAUUUCUGAAAGUCACAAUAAUAUUGAGAUCAUUGAUUGCGAUGUGAAACCUGAAAAACAGGAAAACGUAGGUUCUUAUACUGUAGAUAAUCAAGAAGAAACUGAUCCAAAAGUAAGAGAGGAUAUUGUCAAAAAGUUUGCAGCCUCAGCAGAAUGGAAUCAACAAAAGCAAGCAGAGUUCAACCAGAUUCUUAAAAAAAUGGUCCAAAGCAAGCCUGCCAUAUAUGGAAAGUCCCAGCCCAGCAGAAACCAAAAUAUUUCAUUUGAGCAAAGAGGAGGGUCUUAUGAUAAUUAUAAGGAGAAAAGGGAUGCAAAGCUCCGAGGAGAGAAGGCUGGAAAACGAGUAGAAAAAGAAGCACAAUUUCGAGAAAUGCAACAACUACUUGAUAAGAGGAAGGCUGAAAUGUUGUCCAAAAAUGUGAGUGCAAGUAAAAAAAGUUCUACAAAGUUGCCCCAAAAAUCUCUUAGAAAUUCAAUUCAAGCUACAAAUUCCCCAAAGGAAACCUUUAAACCUUCAGUUACGAAAAAAGCAUCAUCUAAAACGUCACCGAUGCCUGCUACUCGUAAGUCUUGGUCAGCAACACCUUCACCAAGGGCUGCUGGGACAUCCCCUGCUAAAGCUCGUGGUGGAAUUUCAUCUGCCAACAGCACCCCAACACGUCGGAAGCCAGUGUCAACAGCUUCUGUUCCCCAACCAAGCCCCCAAAGGGAAAAAUCUCAGCAGCGAAGCAUACACGAGAAAGAAACUCCGACCAGUAAUGUCAGGAGCAUCAAAAGCACGAAGGAAAAGCGGCAGUCAGCUGUCCCAAACAAGAGCAAGGAAAUUAAAGCAAAAGAGAUGGCAGCUUCUGGAGAAACCUCUGUUCCUUCAAAGAAGAGCUUAGGUAACAAGGGAACCAAGAAAAGCAGUGUAGUGCCAUUGGAAUCAAAACCAUUUUUACGAAAGGGUUCUCGGAUGGGGAAUGGUACUAGUGAUCUUAACAAGAAAAAAAGUCCUCCUAAGCUGGAAAAAUCUGUGAGAGACAAUGAAGAUAAUCUUAUUGUAGAUCAAGAAAGAGAGUUGGUUGUCAAUGCUUCUGACUUGGUUAGUCAGCACUCAGACAGGGACACUAUGACACCUAGUCAUCAGAAUGCUGCUACAGAACCAGAACCUCAGAUAAAUAAUCACCUGCAAUGUGGUGAGACAGAAAACUUAGACCAAGAUCCUACUGAAGGUGAUGUGUUAACAUAUAUAGAAGAGUCCUCCUCCUUAAAUAUAAGGAAUGAAGAAGAAUCAACCAUAUCACCUUCUGCCUGGGUGGAGACAGAAGAGGAUCUGGAGCUGCCUAAGCCAUGUGAGGAUAGCACAUUCCAACCUGCAUCUCUGGCCAAUGCUGCCCCGGCAGGAUCCGCUAGUCCUCGUGUUCGCCAUUCUCUGUCGCAGAUGCUUCAAGAAGAAAGUAGUGAACCUGACACUUGUGAGUGGGGAAAUGCUGAGAAUCCUCCUGCCAUGAUAUACCAAAAAGAUGCACCCAAAGGUUUGAAAAGGCUCUUGAAAUUUGCUCGGAAGAGCAAGGGCGAUUCGGGUUCUACUGGAUGGUCUAGCCCAUCUGUUUUUUCUGAAGGAGAGGAUGAUGCUGAGGAGUUUAAAAAUUCUAAUAAAAGGAAUGCAGACAAUCUACUGAGAAAGGCUGCACUCAAUGUGAAAAGCUAUGGACAACCAAAAAUUUCAGUACAUGAAGGAUAUGAAAGAAAUUUAGAUUUCUGCCAUGCAGCAAGCAGAGAUGAUGGCAAGGGUUCUCACAAGACACAAGAAGGCCGUGAUUCUGGUGCUGGUUCAACCACCAGAGCGUCAAGGUCAUUCUUUUCUCUUUCAGCUUUUAGGGGAAGCAAGCCCUCCGAGUCAAAGUUUCAUUAAUGCUAUGGACAACUCUUAAGAUCGUUGACUUUGCCAUCAUCUCAGGACAUUUUCAUGUCAGGUUUAGCAUGGAGUUCUCUCUACUUUUCCUGCUAUGUUUUGCGUCUAUGCAUUGCCAAAAUCAGAAUUAAUUCUAGCGGAUUGAUGAUAGUUGUAAAACAAGAAGGGGGGGUUAGGUGGAAUGUUGUAAAUUCAUGAGUUAUGUUGUGGUUAUUUUAUUACAUUACCCUAAAGUUAAUUCAUAUCAUCCGGCCCCGCUCAUAGGAAAUUUUCCAAUAGUUGGAUUCAUUGUUGUAAUGUUGUCCCAAAUGUUCUUUCUUCGUAUGGUCCUGUUACUUCAUAAUAUUGA